AUGAACUUUCACUGCUCCUAUUUGCUCAAAGGGCGACGUGGCCAACGUGUUCGAUUGUUCUUUCGCGAUUUCGAUAUCUAUUUUGGCGGUGAACACUGCCCUUAUGAUUCGGUUACAAUUUUCGAUGGCUCUUCGACCAGUUCUCCGAUUAUCAAAAAGGUAUGUGGCUUACAGCAACGAAUGGAAUUGUACUCCGUUGGCACAGAACUCCUCAUACAUUUCAAUACUACGAAUCCAGCCAAAGCGGAUCCCCGAGGAUUCGUUAUCGAGUACGAGUUCUCAAGUCGUUUCGUCGAUGUCACCCAAUUACUACAUGGCCAGAAAGGAGUCACACAUAUGAGAGGCACGGAAUGUGAUAUUCGAGUGGAAAGUAAUCGGGAAACCAGUCACUAUAUAUACUCACCAAAGGUAAGGAUGUAA